UGGAGAUCAGGCACUCACACCUCUAGUGCUCCAGUCACGGCCACCUCUGGUCCUCCUUGAGGAGACACCAAACCCUCCGGAAGAUCUAUUGCUAGGAGAAACUAAGGCAGAAAGGAGAAACUGAGGCAGGAAGGGCGUGGCUGCCUAUGUUUCCCCUAGAUGCCGUUCCCAGUCUCAGUCCUUUACUCCCACACUCAGCGCCCCUACCGUGGCCCUGGCAAGGUGCAGCCGCGUGGCGGCGCGGGGCGGAGCUUAGCUGGGCAGGACCAGGAUGCAGAUCCUGGAAUAAGGCACAGGUGGUUGGGGCGUCCCGGGCAGGCUGAUCCGCGGGCUGGGCCUCUGACCCUCAGCGAGAAGGCCUGGCCGGUGAGGGGCUGUGGCAGAAGCAUGGAUCUCGGGUCCUCUGACCUGCUGGAUGUGUUCCUGGAGCCCCCAGAAGAUAUCUUCUCCGCAGGGUCCUUCCUGGAGCGGGGCUUCACCUGUUCCCCUCUGGAGGUUCCAGGGACCAGGCUCGGAGAACAGGGGUGGCGAGGCUGGGAGCCCAGUGCGGGCCACGGCUGUUCUGGUGUGGGCCUUCAGGAAAGUGAGUCUGAGGAUUUCCUGAAGCUUUUCAUCGACCCCAAUGAGGUGUACUGCUCCGAAGCAUCUCCUGGCAGUGACAGUGGCAUCUCGGAGGACCCUGGCCGCUCAGACAGCCCCCCUGGCCCACUGGCCCCUGGCUCUCCUGCCCUUUACGAGGUCGUCUAUGAAGCAGGGGCUCUUCAGCAGGCUCAGGGGGAAGCUGGGCCAACCUUAGGGCUCUUCUCCAUCCAGCUAGAUCAGUGGAGCCCACAGUUGGUGGUACCUGAUGCCCGUGGAGUCCACGAGCUGCCCUUUGAUGCUCACACUCACAUCCUGCCCACUGCCAUGGCCUCGGUGCCUCCAGCCACCCUGCUGCCCUGCCAAAGCCUGCUCCUGACGGAUGAGGAGAAGCGUCUGCUGGGGCAGGAAGGGGUUUCUCUGCCCUCUCAUCUGCCCCUGACUAAGGCAGAGGAGAAGGUCCUCAAAAAGGUCAGGAGGAAAAUCCGGAAUAAGCAGUCGGCUCAAGACAGUCGGCGGCGAAAGAAAGAAUACAUCGAUGGGCUCGAGACCAGGGUGGCAGCCUGUUCUGUACAGAACCAGGAACUGCAGAAAAAGGUCCAGGAGCUGGAGAGGCACAACAUCUCCCUGGUAGCUCAGCUCCGCCAGCUGCAGAUGCUCAUUGCUCAGACCUCCAACAAAGCUGCCCAGACCAGCACCUGCGUUCUGAUCCUUCUCUUUUCUCUGGCUCUCAUCAUCCUGCCCAGCUUCAGCCCCUUUCAGGGUCUACCAGAAGCUGGGCCUGAAGAAUACCAGCCUCAUGGAGUGAUUUCCAGGAAUAUCUUGACCCACAAGGACAUGGGAGGAAGUCUGGAGACUCCAGUGAUAGAGUCCAAAGUGGGGGAGUCACCUGGAGCUCAGAGGGCAAAUGGCUCAAGGAUCCCACCAGAGAAGAUGGGCCUGAAGACCAAAUCCAGGGGGCACCUCAGAACUGUACAUGCAGAUGAGAUGUGAGCUGGGGCAGAGACCUUCCUGGCCUCCUUCCCAGUCACAGUAAGGAAUCUAGGGCGCCCCUCAGGCUCUGCUUCUGCUGGGAAUUCCCACUCAGUGUCUCUUCCUUUCAGGAUCUGAAUCACUUGAGAAUACCCUAGGACAGUGAUGGCGAACCUUUUAGAGUUUUCAAUGAUAGCAAACAGUCCGCUGCCACAUGCAUGCCAUAGCACUUUGUAGCCCAGGCUGGUCUCGAACUUGCAACAAUCUGCCUGCCUCAGCCUCCCGAGUGCUGGGAUUAUAGGC